AUGCAUGACCUCAUGAAUGAUUUGGCUCAAUUUGUUGCUGGAGAAAUAUGUUUCAGGGCAAAUGAUAAUUUUGAUGGUAAUGAGCAAUCUACAAUUUCUAAACGGACUCGGCACUUGUCUUACACAAGUCAAAGGUUACAAAAUAAGCGAGUUACCAAAUUCCGUUUGCAACUUGAAGCAUUUACGAUAUCUCAAUUUAUCUUAUACUUCAAUCCAACGGCGUUGUCGAAGAUUAUUGUGGGAAAAAGCAACGGGUCAAGACUAACGGAGUUGAAGCAUCUAUUGCAUCUAUGCGGGAAGCUUUCUAUUGUGAAGUUAGAGAAUGUAAUGGAUGUUGGAGAAGCAAUGGAGGCCAAUUUAAUGGGUAUGAAGGACCUUGAUGAAUUAGAGUUGGGAUGGAGUGAAGACUUUGAUGAUUCUAGAAGUACUGGAGAGCUUGAAAUGCAUGUACUUAACGCCCUAGAGCCACAAAGAAAGUUGAAAAAGCUUAAAGUUGAAUUCUACAGGGGCGCGAGCUUUCCAACUUGGAUGGGAAAUCCAACAUUUUCUAAAAUGGUGAAUCUAAGUCUUCGUGGUUGUAUAAUAUGUGAAUCAUUACCACCACCGGGACAGCUGCCCUUACUCAAAGACCUACUCAUUAAAGGCAUGCAUGGAGUUAAAAGCAUUGGGGCCGAGUUUUGCAAAUAUGAUUAUCCAUUAGAAUCUCCUUUUCCUUCACUGGAGUCUAACAUUCGAGGAUAUGCCGGAAUUGGAGGAAUGGUGUUUCUCAAAUGA